AUGAGGAAUUUUUGGCCUAGCAAGGAAUCUUGGGAUGAUACGAUUUAUCUCAUUUUACUCGGGGGUUGGGUUUCUGGGGAUAGUUUCGUACGUGUGACUUGUAGUAUACAAGAAAGGCCUCGCUGCCACGGAAUUAUCUUUGUCUAUAUUGGUGACUUCCACUCGUUCAUCCUGCAGGCAUUGGGACAACUCCUGUCAUCACUGACCUGGGACUAUAGCAAUUGCAUUGAGAUGUCAAAUAAUCAUGGUGCUUCAAUAGCUGCGUGA